UGGUUGUCAGGUGUUGGGUGUUGACCUCACCUGCAUGGGGUGGCACAGGCCUGUCUCACCUGUAGAGAGGGUAGGGACCUGACUCACCUGGAUAGGGGUAGAGACCUGUUUCACCCGCAGGGAAUUAGAGACCUGUCUCACCUGGAGCGGGGGUGGAGACCUGCUUCACCUGGAGCCGGGGAGGGACCUCGAGGUGCUCAGGUCAGGGCCCAGUGGACAGGGACCAGGCUCGAGGGCCUCCAGUGAGGACAGGUGGUCCUUGAAGCAAUCUGGUGAGAGCAAGCUGGGAUGUUUGGAAUAUAUGAGAAAAAGAAUUAUGAGAGCACGCUGCAGAGGGCUAGAAGAUACCGGUGGCGGACAUGAGAGUGGGACAAAAUCUGCUUCCCACUGCGAUUUUUCGUUUACUACUGUCAGUGGAGGAUUGAAAUUUCUGGGUUUCACCUGGUUUGGCCAAGUAGAAGGAUGGAUUAGAAGAUUGGGAACACACAUGCGCUGACCAUAUGGCUUCCUGAUGAUUGUCUAAAUUUGGCCUGAUGUUGUUGUGUGUUUAUUACGAAAUCUGAAACCACUUACUAGUGGUUUACUGGUACGGAAAUUACAGUUCUGUUUUCACCAAGCUUGGCUACCAGAGCAUUAUGAACACUAAUGAUCUCAAACUCAGGUUGUCCAAAGCUGGGCAAGACCACCUGCUGCAGUUCUGGAAUGAGCUGGAGGAAUCCCAACAGGUAGAACUUUAUGAAGAGCUCCAGGCCAUGAAUUUUGAGGAGCUCAACUUCUUUUUCCAAAAGGCCACCAAAGGAUUUAACCAGUCCUCUCAGCAAGAAAAAGUGGAUGCUCGAAUGGAACCCGUCCCGCGAGAGGUGUUGGGCAGUGCUACCAGGGAUCAAGAUCAGCUCCAGGACUGGGAAAGUGAAGGACUUUUCCAGAUUUCCCAGAACAAAGUGGCAGUUCUUCUUCUAGCUGGUGGACAGGGGACAAGACUUGGUGUUGCAUAUCCCAAAGGGAUGUAUGAUGUUGGUUUACCAUCCCACAAGACACUUUUCCAGAUUCAAGCAGAACGUAUCCUGAAGCUCCAACAAUUAGCUGAAAAAUAUCAUGGCAACAAAUGCAUCAUUCCAUGGUAUAUAAUGACCAGUGGCAGAACAAUGGAAUCUACAAAGGAAUUCUUCACAAAGCACAAGUACUUUGGUUUAAAAAAAGAGAAUGUAAUCUUUUUUCAGCAGGGAAUGCUGCCUGCUAUGAGUUUUGAUGGGAAGGUUAUUUUGGAAGAGAAGAACAAGGUUUCUAUGGCUCCAGAUGGGAAUGGCGGUCUUUAUCGGGCACUUGCAGCUCACAAUAUUGUGGAGGAUAUGGAGCAGAGAGGCAUCUGGAGCAUUCAUGUCUACUGUGUUGACAACAUCUUAGUAAAAGUAGCAGACCCCCGCUUCAUUGGGUUUUGCAUUCAGAAAGGAGCCGACUGUGGAGCAAAGGUAGUAGAGAAAACGAACCCUACAGAACCAGUUGGAGUGGUUUGCCGAGUGGACGGAGUAUACCAAGUAGUAGAAUACAGCGAAAUUUCCCUGGCAACUGCCCAGAAACGAAGCUCAGAUGGACGACUGCUAUUCAAUGCUGGGAACAUCGCCAACCACUUCUUCACUGUCCCGUUCCUGAGAGAUGUUGUCAAUGUUUAUGAGCCUCAGUUGCAGCACCAUGUGGCUCAAAAGAAGAUUCCAUAUGUGGAUUCCCAGGGGCAGUUAAUUAAACCAGACAAACCAAAUGGAAUAAAGAUGGAAAAAUUUGUUUUUGAUAUCUUCCAGUUUGCAAAGAAGUUUGUGGUAUAUGAAGUAUUACGGGAAGAUGAGUUUUCCCCACUGAAGAAUGCAGACAGCCAGAAUGGGAAGGACAACCCCACCACUGCAAGGCAUGCUUUGAUGUCCCUUCACCAUUGUUGGGUCCUCAAUGCAGGGGGCCACUUCAUAGAUGAAAAUGGGUCUCGCCUUCCAGCAAUUCCCCGCAGUGCUACAAAUGGAAAGUCAGAGACCAUCCCAGCUGAUGUCAAUCACAACUUGAAGGAUGCCAAUGAUGUACCAAUCCAGUGUGAAAUCUCUCCUCUUGUUUCCUAUGCUGGAGAAGGAAUAGAAAGUUAUGUGGCAGAUAAAGAAUUCCAUGCACCUUUAAUCAUUGAUGAGAAUGGAGUCCAUGAGCUGGUGAAGAAUGGUAUAUGAGUCAGAUGCCAAAUCCCACUACAACAGGAAUAGCUUUUAUUUUUGAUAUCCCAACUGUGAACCUACUGGACCUGUCCUGGAAUACUCAAGUUUGAAUAGCCACAGGGUUUUAUUUUACUUGUUGACCUCUUAUAACUACUACAUACUCCCUCAGAUCCAGAUGACUGAACUUAAGAAAGCAUCUUUAUGAUUCUCAAUUUAUUGAACACUUUAUUUAUAUUUUUCAACUGUAUGAUUCUUUCCCCUAGCCCCCUGCCACCCCUAACCCCCUACCCCCAGGCCAAGGAACACAUUGGCUAUCCAGGAAAUUUUCUUCAGCUUAAGUAUAGUCAGUUUGACAUUUCUUUACUUGGAACUGGAAGCAUUUGCUUUUGAAGUUGUACAUAGUAAUAAUAUGUCAUUGUACAUGUCAAAGUUUCUAUGGUACUAAAACUGUGUUUUAUUUUAUCAAAAAUUAAACUUUUUUAAGAAAAUAAUUGGACAGUAAAAUAAACUUUUCUUUUUGUCUCUGGAGUGUCAUUUGUA